CUGCUUUGUUUCCCUGCUUGCAUGGCUCUGUUCAGUGCGCACAUGUGACCUCAGAAGGCGCUUACUGGCAUUUAAACAUCAUCGACAGGGUGCUGAAGCGGACAACUCCCCAUACAGACAAAACAAACCCUAAACACAAUGGCUCGGUUUGCUGCCCGUUAUGGACGCUUUGAAGCCUUUUUCCUUCUUUAACUCUCAGUGAAUAUCUCCAUUUCCCCAGCCGCGCAUCAUCUUUGAAAAUUAAAGGACUUUAUUUUUAAGCAGCUGACGAGAACGGCGCCGUGUCCACUCUACAAACGGCGGUUUAAAGCGGAUGCUGUGACACCUGUAGCUGAAUCUGGAUCUCAAUCUCCUGAAACGAGAGGUUGGAUUGUUUCACAUCCGUUCUGCAUCCGCCCUGCAGGAGAGGUGCUCCGGCGCUGUCUGAUCUCGAGUGGGGAAGCGCGAAGGUAUAGCCUAAAGCCAUUUACAGACGCAUUAAUAUCUAAGCCGCUCUCUGUGCCUGCUUAGACAGGAAGGAGCAUGGAUAGAGAGGCAUUUGCUCUGACUAGUGCGUUGAAGGGAUUUGCAGAGCUGGGGGUGUGCUCCUGUUCAAACUAAGCUAAGGACAGUGGAUGAAGCACAGUCACUAACAGCUCGCCAUUUCUCUUCGAGCCUUCUUUGGUUUAUUAUUUCAGAUUUUUUGGCGAUAAAAUAUAGGCCCUAUAUAUUUUUUUAAUCAGCCAUGGGGAAAGAUGAGUGCAAAACAAUGCUGGAUGCUUUGAACAAAGUGACCGCUUGCUACAGGCAUUUGGUCAUCGCCCUGGGAAGCACCUCGGACUCGCAGAACCUGCGGGAGGAGCUGAAGAGGACCCGCAAAAAGGCCCAGGAGCUGGCCGUGGCCAACAGGACUAAACUGACCUCUCUGCUCAAAGACAAGAGCAUCAGCAAAGAGGACCGGGCCGAGUACGAGCGCCUAUGGGUGCUGUUCUCGAGCAGCAUGGAGCUCCUGGAGGUGGACAUGAAAAGGUCUCUGGAGAUAGGGCAGGAUUUCCCCCUCAAGGUGCCGACGAGACACCUGAUCCAGACGGGGAUGACCGGCAGCACCACCGCGGUGGCGGCCCGGGCCAUGAGCGUGCAGAACAUGAAGUACGAGGCGGACAGCAACAUCGACACGGCGGACCUCCGGGACCUGCAGGCCGAGAUCUCCCAGGUGACCCAGAUGAUGGAGGAGAUGGAGAUGAAGGUGCAGGUGGCGCCGUGGGCCGUCGAGGCGAAGCAGGAAGCAGGCGCGGAGCUCAAGUCCAACAUGAGUGUGGGGAAUUCCUCCGUGGGUGUGAUCUCCAUCUGCGAAGAGGAGCCCAAAGAAGAAGAAGGAGGAGGCAGCAGGGAUACUGGCUUCGCGUCGACCUGCGCUGUGGUUAUAUUCUUAGUCAUCGUUACGGUGGCUGUGGUUCUAGGAUAUUUGGUGAUCAACAUGUCCUGAACUGUCUAUAACCAAAAGCCCACCCUGAUGGACACCCCGCGCGGCUGCCCAGGGGCGUGUCACUGUGGUUACAAGAGCCAGCAGCUCCACAACAGAGAGAAACGUUUUUUGUUUGAGGAGCUGAAAACAUUGGGGACAUGUGAAGUUAUUCAUCUUUCUCGGAUUUGUGAAUGUAGCCUAUUCGGUGGAGUUAAAGAGUUGCACUAGAUAGCAUACAAUGUAGAACUAUAGAAUGGACGUCGAGCACAAUUUGAGGUUAAGUAAACUGUAUUUUUAAAGGGGUCAAGGGGUCGUGUAGCCUGUUUUUGGGAAGAGGGAAAAAAAAUCAUGAAAUUACGUGACAGUGUCUGGCCAUCAGGAUGAUAGGCCAACCAACAACACAUAAUCCAAGUGGAUUAGUGGAAAAGCUCAUGCGUAAACGUAGCCUACUGUUAAGUAUUCCCCUUGAUGUUCUGCUGAUUGAUGCUUUAAAUUUAUGAAUUCAAUCCAGAAAAGUCUGACGUGUUCAAACGUGCAUGGUGGCAUCUGAGGAGUUGGGUCAAGUUUAUGGGAACUAAUAGAGCCAUUGUUCCAGUUGGAUGUGAUCAAAUCCGCACAGUUCCACGCGCACAGUUUUAACACACCAUACGAUCUGUAUAUCGUAGUAGGCUUGCAUCGUACAGAUAGUAAUUGCAUCAGAUCACAACGUUCUCCAUGAGAGCCUUGGGGACCUGAGAAACAUCCACAGUCUUUUAAUAAUGCACCCAUUCACUGUAAGCCUGUUUACGUUCCCUUUCAGGGUUUUCUUGCAGUGUUGAAUGUAUACAUUGCAACAUGUGAAUAGAGGGUUUGUACAUACAGACUGCUGUGUCAGAUAAUGUACAUACAUAAGUAUAUAUAUUUAUUAUAAUAAAAGUUUUAAACACACAUUUGAGAAACGUGCAGUUUUAAGAAAUGUAGCUCCUAGGUGCUCACAGGCAAGACUAGAGCAGUCUUUGCAUGCGUGCAUGAGUUGAAUGUCAUAUAAUAUGGAACAUUUGUAAUGACUGCAAAGCUUGACACGCAUACAUCAGAUAUACAGAUUUAUUUUAAGCAGAGGAUUAGAAUAGACGUAACCACACUGGUUUUAAGAUAGUGUUCUAUUUCAAAUGGAAAGAAGACUAAAACAGAUUCUUUAACUCCCUAAUGGUUUUAGAUAUAAGAGUCUUUGAAAGUUCAAGGUGAACUGAGAGUGGAUAGCUGCCAGAACCAAAGCCUUUAUUUUUGACUGUAAGUUAAAGGGGGUGGGGGUCAGAAAUCUUAAUCACAUGGUGUCAAAAAGAAAAUACUGGGUUGAUAGCUGAGAAAAACCCAAGCAGAGAGAGUUUAAUUACACAACCUGAGUCUAACUGCAUUUUCUAUUUAGCUAUGAUUUUAUCUAAUAAGAAACAAUAGGAAAUUAUAUAAUGCUCUUUUAUGGGAGAUCGUGUUUCCCUUAUUUUAUUAGAAUUUUAGACAGGUUUAAUUAAAAAGAUGCAAUCAUUCUGGGCAGACACAUUUUUUUUUUUACUUCUUUUCUCUAAAAUCUAAAUAAUUACAAUAUUGAGUCAAAAAUAAUUGUGUAUGUUCAAAGUUUAACACUUUAUUUCGUCCUCCUUAUUUUAAACAAAUCUCUCUGCAAAAAUAGUUUUAAGUGAAUUUUUCAAAAAUGGAAUUAAGAUGAUUAAUCCACAAUUAGCACAAAGCAAAAACUAUAACACCUCCAAGUUUAUGGUGAAUUAUAUAGUUUAUGGCACAUUAUUGUAAGGAAAUGUACAGAAAACCCACAGAGUGCAUCACUAUUUACAAGGCAGGGGCUGAAUUAAGAAGAAGAGGAUAUAUUGUAUCCAAAUCUUUUCAGGUAAAAAUAGAACAAUAAGAUUAAAAUAUUUAGGCAGUACAUCAAAAGGAUGUAAAGUGCUACUAACAACUACUAUUAAAGACAUGGGUUAGUCCACAGUAUCUACCCAUUCUGCGUCUCUCCUUAAAAAUUCACAAAGAUCCUCUGACAUCAGCUUGCUUGUCACUUACCAGUGGUGCUUCAGGCAGAAAAACAGAGUCACUUCAGAAUAAAUAUAUCAAUGUCUAUUCAUCAUGCAUAGUACAGGUGAUGGACAACGUCAGUAAUUCAUAUUCAUAAACAUUCUUCAAUGUGAAUUCUAAUGAAAAGUCUGUUAUAAUUGCUUGCAGUUCAACGGUUGAACACUGAGCUCCGAAAUUACUUUAAUGAUCUCCUCCCCCAUUCCUGAGGAGUUUCUCUGAAAAUUGUACAAGGUAAAUAGACCCCUGGCAUUUAAAGACCACUCAGCCUUAGCCGCCGGAGUUAGAAGUACGUAAUAUCUCAAAAGAUCAAAUUUAAUUAAAGCUACCCUCCUCUUCAGAGGCCUGACUCCUUGUGGGAGUAAUGAAACAAAAUUAAAUUUUUCUUACAUUAAAAAAACCUGGCAAGUGUAAAAUAUUCAAGUUGCAGAUUAAGAAAGCAAUCAUUUGAGACAUUGAAUGUUCAUUCAGCAGACUACUUGAAAAGCAUUUUCCUGUUUUAUCUCUUAUUGCAGUCUUGUCUUUGCUUAGAACCUCGAGGUUAGAAACAUUAAUGGAAUAUAUAAAUGCUGAAAUGCAACACACCUCAACUUCUUAGAACACCGAUACCACAGUGGGGAGAGCAUUUGUGGCCGACUUUGAUGCAUGAAAAUCAGUGGGUUGCUGCUCACGCCCAACUCACACAAGGCUUUCUGACAUCUUGUUGAUCCUUGUUGUCAUCUGACAGAGGCACUAAGCUCUGCUAACAGGGUGUCAUGAACAUCUCUGAAACUCACGACAGACUCACAUUGUCAUCCGGAGUCCUAAAAAUAUAAAGGUGAUUAAUUAAACAUGGGGGAAAAAGGGAGGGGAUUCAAAUAGUAGAGAAGAGAAGAGAAAGCAUCCCAAAACACCGCACUUUCAAAAUUCGUCCCUCAUGUUUCAAGUAAAAGUCUACUUUUAUGCAACUUUUCAUGCAUGCUGAACUGACUUUGCAAUCUUUGUUACGCAAGCUGCUUCUGAAAAUAGCCACAGCAUCAAAGUUUUAGAGUUCCACGCUUCAUUAGAUAUAAAAUGGCUCUUUCCAGGUGAAUAAAUCGACUUUUUCUACA